GGCAAUCAUGACCACUUCAUUUCAUCCACCACCGCCAACACCCACACGAAUCGAUCUAACCGGAAUGAUGGAGGAGGCUGUCGAAGCAGAAAACAUGGAAGAUAAAAAACUCCGACAUAUGAGUAAAGAUGACCAAGCAUUGGCUAAACUAGGCUAUAAAUCUGAAUUCAAGCGUGAGUUUGGAUACUUUGGAACAUUAUCCUUCGCGUUUUCGGUCGUCGGUUUGAGCUCUUGUGUCACAAGCACCUUCAACACGCCCUUUCUGUCAGCUGGGCCGGCUGCAGUAAUAUGGUGUUGGUUGAUUGGUUCAGUGAUGUGUAUGACUAUCGCAGCCUCCGUCGCCGAGUUAGUAUCUGCAUUCCCAACUUCCGGAGGACUGUAUAGUGCGUCGGCCUUCUUAGUCCCGAAAAGAUUCAAAGCCCCCGUUGGCUUUCUAGUGGGUUGGUUGAGCAUCUUGGGACAGAUCGCCGCGGUGGCGAGUGCUGAGUUUGCGUUGAGUCAGAUGAUUUGGUCGGCUUAUACGAUCUCGCAAGAUGGGAAUUAUUCGCCCACAAAAUUAGAGAUCGUCGGAGUCUUUGGGAUUCUACUGCUCAUCCAUGGCUUGAUGAAUUCAGUGGCCACGAGGAUCAUGGCCAAAUUAACACGAACCUUUAUCUUCUUCAACUUCGGAGGCACCUUUGCGAUUAUCCUAGCUCUUUGUCUGAGUGGACCGCCCAAACAAAGCUUUGAAUAUGUGUUCACUAAGAUCGUCAAUCGGACUGGCUGGGACUCAACUCCUCUGGCUUUCAUGAUGGGCAUUCUGAGCUCUGAAUGGACGUUGAGUGAUUAUGAUGCAACAGCACACAUUUCCGAAGAAAUCAAAAAUCCAGCGGUGGCAGCACCUCUGGCGAUCAUGACGGCCAUCAGCGUCAGCGGAGUCUUGGGCUGGUUCCUGAAUCUAGUCCUAGUAUUAUAUUCCCCAGAUAUAGCCUCCUUGACUACACCAUCAUCAAGCCAAUCGAACGAUGUGGGCACCGGGUUAUUCUACUUCACCUGGACCUUGAUCUGUAUCAACGCAUUUUUCCAAGUCAAUGUAGUCCUGCAAGCUUGCUCGAGAACGUUGUUCGCUUUCAGCAGAGAUGGCGGCCUCCCCGACCGUCAAUUCUUUGGAAAAUUAUCCAAGCGGACUAAGAUCCCCUUCCGGUCCGUUUGGGUAGUCAUUCUUAUCUCUCUCUUCUUUGGAUCGCUGGAUUUCGUCUCCACCGUCGCUGUCAACGCCGUCUUCAGUGUUUGUACGAUUGCCUUAGAUUCUUCGUAUGCAAUCCCGAUAGCGAUGAAGAUGAUUUUCAAAAACCAUGCAGAUGUGAAAUUUAAGCCAGGUCCAUUCAGUUUAGGCAAUGGGAUCAUCAUGUGGUCGAUCAACUCGAUCUCGGUCUUAUGGGUGAUUUUCAUCUCGACCAUCUUAGCCUUGCCAAUGGUCCAACCGGUGACUGUAGAGAAUAUGAAUUAUUCCUCAAUCAUCACCGUGACAGUGAUCGUUUUAGCCAGCACAUGGUACUAUCUGCACGCCUUCAAAUGGUACAAAGGUCCCAAAUCCAACCUCUGA